CAAGAGGUCGUCCGUGAAUUAAUGCAAAAGAUAGCUGUAACCGAAUACCCGCACAGGCUGUGUGACACACGAUCCAUGUCCAACUAUGAAGCGAGUGGCGAACUGUCUUGUUAGAUUUUGCAGGCGAUCUAGGGUUCCUUUUCAUGGGAAACAUUUACGACCGCCACCUGUGGUGAUGUCCGUGGUAAGGCAUUCCAGUAGUGGGACAGGACGGGUAGAUGUCAGUGGUAUUUACCCUCCUAUUGCCACGCCCUUUAACAAGGAUGAGAGUGUAGCUUACGACAAACUGACUGAAAACAUGCAGAAGUGGAAUAAGAUACCUUUUGGGGGUUAUGUUGUACAGGGAUCCAAUGGGGAAUAUGUAUAUCAGACAGCACAAGAGAGGAUCAAGGUCGUGGAACAUGUUGCUAAGACAGCGACUCCAGACAAGGUCAUCAUGGCAGGCUCCGGAUGUGAAUCCACCAAAGAUACUAUAGAAAUGACCAAUCGAAUGGCAGACGUAGGGGCACAUGCUGCACUAGUGGUGACUCCUAGUUAUUACAAGAAUGGGAUGCACAAUAGGGCUCUAAUCAACCAUUUCACAAAGGUUGCUGAUGCCAGUAAGAUACCCAUACUGUUGUACAGUGUCCCAGGUAACACAGGAAUUGACCUUGACCCAGAAGUCAUUAUAACCUUGUCCUCCCAUCCCAACAUAAUUGGACUAAAGGACAGUGGGGGGGAUAUAGCCAAGCUUGCAAAUUUGGUAUACAAGACUCAGGGUAAAGAUUUCCAGAUAAUGGCAGGGUCUGCUGGAUUUUUGCUGCCUGCUUAUCUUGUGGGUUGUGUAGGUGGAGUAUGUGGGGUGGCCAACAUGCUGGGACAGGAACUCUGUGAUUUAGAGCAGCUGUAUAAAAAUGGAAAGAUGGAGGAAGCCACAAAAUUACAGCAGAGAAUUGUUGCUCCCAAUGCAUGUGUAACAAAGAGGUUUGGGGUACCAGGGCUGAAGGUUGCCAUGGAAUGGUUUGGUUACUAUGGAGGUCCAGUAAGGUCACCAUUACAACCAAUCACAACAGAGCAGGAAGAAAUCAUGAGGACUGUGUUCAAAUCCUCAGGGUUCCUCACCUGAGAUCAAGGAUAUUGUAAUUAUUUCACA